AUGGAUGCUCACAAGGGCCCGCCAAUUUUUAAUCACUUUGUUAAGGAGAAACCUCAAACGACAAAUCAACAGUAUGGCUUCUUUUACCGUGAGGAACAAUCGGAAGGAAAUAAAAAAGAGGAACAACAAAUAAUUUGUGAAACUUUGGAAUCUAUUGAAAAGAAUAAAAAUAAACCAAAAUGGGCGAGUGAUAAGCCAUUAUUGGCAAAAAAAGUUACUUACUACACAGCACCACCACUCAAGAAAUACAGAAAAGAAUGUGAAGUUAGUAGCGGUAGAAAGGAGCCUGAUACACGAUUAACUCGAGUAAAAGGUAUCCAAUUGUGGCAUGCACAUACAGGAUCUCUUGUAAAUGUAAAACCUUGUUGA